UUUGGGUCCCGUCUGCGGAGCUCACUUCAGUCGACUACCUGAAUUCAACCGCGUAGCACCUUGGGUCGCAAAAAAUUAAUAAAGCGAAUAAUGGAGAAGAAUAUUCCGUACGACCAGCUGCAAACUCAUGCUCCCCACAACACCCAGGUCUAUCCUAAUUUGCAUCAGCCCCAGCCGAUUUUGGCUCAACCUCUGAUAACGCAGGCACCCCCCAAUGUGUUGGGUGGUGUACCAUCCAUGGCCACGUGUCCGAGUUGCGGAGUCCGUAGGGAAACGAAGGUCGAGUUCGAGCCAAGUACCAAAACCCAUUUGCUGGCCCUCCUUAUCUGCAUGGUGGGGGGCAUUUGCUGCUGCUGCAUUCCCUACUGGACCAACUCCUGCCAGUCGGCCAAACACACCUGCAGUAGCUGUGGAGCCUAUGUGGGCACAUACAAGAACUAGAAGCCCACCCGAAAACCAAAUGUUACAAAGAUAAAUCUCAAAAGAGCAAAUAUAAUUUGUUCAAGUAUAUAAAUAUUGACGUCAUGCUACGCGAAAAAUGUAGCGGAACGAAACCCUGUAUUCUCAAUAAAAUUCCACCAUUGAUCUUCGAUAUCAGAUUUAGCACACCGGGAUACUUACCCAUUGCACCAAGCCCAGUUAUAUUGUGAAAAAUCCUAUUAUGCAUAUUUGUAUAUUCAAUUAAAAUAAAUAAUCACACCUUC